AUGACUCGCGAUUUCUCCCCAAAGCCAGAUUCAAGGAAUCCACAAGCGAGGUCCCUAAAGAAUGGAGCUAAGUCGUGUAUCUUUCCAACCCUUAAUGAUCACACACCAGAUGAGGUGCAAAGUCUGGUUUGGCGUGUCCCGUCGGAGCACUUAGCCGACCUCGGUACUCUCUACAAAAGGGACAGCUCUUCUCUGGCACCUCUGCUUAUUGCUGCAUGGUCGAUUACGCUUCAUCAGUUUGUCAGCUCGGAGAUGCUGUACUUUGGGGUGAAUGCUCCCAAAGGAAUAUCUGGGGGGUUCUCUGGCGAUAUGGAGGCCUUUGCAGUAAUCAUCGACCCGGAAGGUCCAAUUGAGCAACUGCUUCGAACCUGCAACCGCCAGCUGUCCAUGAGCCAGGGUGAAAGUGGCAAUUUCCACUUCAAUACUGGAGUUUCCUUCAUGAGAGGAGACGAGGAGAGCUCAUUCGGAUCUGAGAGUCCAAAGGGGCAACUUUAUGCUAAGGAUAACGAGGGUUGCGACCUGUUGCUUAUCGCAAAAGCAUCCAACAAGUCGGUCGAAUUAUUGCUGCAAUAUAACACCGCAGUCGUCUCCGACCAACAGGCUGCGAUCUUAGGAGGGGUCGUGUCUCGCGCAGCUGUAUCCCUCUUCAAAGACCCAAACCAGAAGAUAAGGGAUAUAGACUUGCUCGAUCAGCAGAGUGAAGAAUAUAUUGCUGGAUGGGUUAGCAAGCGGGCGGAUGUCGCUUGCUGCUCCUCCAUCACUGAGAUAAUUCAAGGAAAAUCCCGCUGCCAACCAGGCGCACCGGCUGUGUGCUCAUCGGAUGGUGCUCUGACAUACGGAGAACUCGAGGAGCUUUCCACAAGGCUGGCUUUCUACCUGAAAGCCAAGCGGGUGGGGCCAGAGGUUAUGGUGCCGGUGUGCUUUGAGAAAUCGAUGUGGGCGAUCGUAGCGACGCUGGCAGUACUCAAAGUCGGCGCAGCUUUCGUUCCAAUCGACCCUUCUCAUCCGCUCGAGCGUCUGAAGCAAAUCGUCGCGCAGGUAAAUGCAAAAGUAAUCCUCUCGUCAGAUCGACACGCCGCACUACUGGCGGGAGCCACAGACGACGUGAUUGCUGUGUCAGAGGCGACGGCUGCGCGGCUGCCAACGGCUAACCAGAUGACAUUGCCGCGGGCAGAAGCCCACAACGUGGCAUACGUGCUUUUCACUUCUGGCAGCACCGGAAUCCCGAAAGGAUGCGUCGUCGACCACAGAGCAUUGGCAGCUGUCGCAAAUCAUGCGGAGGCGUUGCAAAUCAGAGCUAACACGCGAGCCUUGCAAUUUGCGUCGUUCAGUUUUGGCGUCUCCCUUAUCGAGAUAUUCUGUACUUUGACAGCUGGAGGCACCAUCUGUAUUCCUUCGGACCACGAGCGAUUGAAUGACCUCCCGGGGGCAGUGCAUCGCAUGGACGUUGACUGGGCUUUGCUAACGCCUUCGUUGAUGGGCUCCGUUGAUCCGGACAACUUAGCCGGUCUCAAGACAUUAGUCGUCGCAGGGGAGCCGUUGAGGAAUGACCUGGCCCGAUCUUGGGCGCGGAGAGUUCGCUUAGUGCCGGCGUACGGGCUGACGGAAUGGGCAGGAAUAUGUACUGUUCAGCAUGAGCUGGAUCUGACGGCAGCAGAUUCGAAGAACAUCGGCAAGUCGCCUAGCGCGAAUCUAUGGCUGGUCAAUCCCCACAACCACCAUGUGCUCGCUCCAAUCGGGGCCGUGGCCGAGCUGCUAAUCGAAGGGCCCUGCCUGGCACGAGGGUACCUCAACGACGCCGAACUGACCGCCAUGUUGUUCAUCAAGAAUCCCCCAUGGCUGUGCCUCUUCCGAUCAGACCGGGAGACCAGGCUCUACAAGACCGGCGAUCUCGUCCGCCAUAGUCUUGACGGCAGCCUCAUUUACAUCGGACGAAAGAGCCUGCAAGCCAAGAUUCGUGGGCAACGGAUCGAGCUGGGGGAAGUAGAACACCUGGUGUGUCGGCACUUUGCUGGGGCCACCAAGGUGAUUGUUGAUGUGGUAACCCCGAUCAGCGAUACCCCGUCACCGAUCUUGGUGGCAUUCAUAUACUCCAAGAAUGGCCGAGCGGCGCCGAAAGAGAACGACCGGUCCGGCUCUGCCGCUCUUUUUAACGGGUCCGAUGCCGAUUUCCAGUCGCAGUCCACCAAGACCGACUCCAUAAUACGCGACUACUUGCCCCCCUACAUGAUUCCGCAUCUCUAUGUUCCCCUGCAACACGUCCCUCUGACGAUUACUGGGAAAAUAGACCGGCGCAGGCUGAGGGAAAUCGCUUGUUCAUUGACAUAUGAGACUCUUGCGUCGUAUACGCACACCAGAUCAGACCCAGUGGCCCCAGAUUCACGCGCGGAACAAUGUCUCCAUCGACUGGUCUCAGAUGUCCUCAGGCUCCCCUCUCAAAGCUUCGGCGUGAACGAGAGUUUCUUCCGUCUCGGUGGGGAUUCUCUGAAGGCAAUGAAGCUAGUCACACGAUGCCGGGCGGAAGGCAUCUCCAUAACGGUGCAGGAUGUUUUCCGCGAACAAACCGUAAGCAGACUUGCAUUGCUUGCGGGCAAGCAUUGCGGUACUGUAGCGCGGCGUGACGACGACUCGGUAACUAAAUUUAGUUUGUCCGCUGUCCAGCAAAGCAUGAUUGUGGCCGGAGAGCAGGAGCAGAGUUGGCAUUCACCAACAGCCUGUAUCUUUCUCCGGCUGAAAAGGCGCGUUGAUCCCACUCAUCUAGAAAAUGCUAUACAGCAGGUCGUCCGCCGGCAUCCAAUGCUGCGCGCGAGAUUUACGCGUGACCGGAACGGCGCUUGGGUUCAGUGCGUUUCAAAUGCCGCCUGUGAGCCCCAGGGCGGCAGUUAUGAGUUCGCCAGCUGUACCGUGUCUACGAUGGAGGAGGCGCCGGAGAUCCUAAAAUCAAGGGGGAAGAUUUUAGACAUCGAAAAAGGGCCUGUAUUCGGAGCGUUACUACUGAACUUGGGCCAAAGUCAAUAUAUGUCGUUCGCAGCGCACGUUUUGGUUGUCGACCACACUUCUUUGAAAAUCAUUUCAAAGGACAUUGAAGAUUUCCUGGACAAUGCUUCGAUACAUGGGCAACACAAAAUUCCCGCUCCCGCUCCCGCUCCCGAUCCUAUCUCGCCCACGGUCAUAUCUAGCCAGCAACCCUCUCCAUGGACUGACGAUGUCCCGCCAGGCCACGGUCACAGCAUUACACGUAUGAGUGUACUCGUUCCACCGUGCCUCCUCGGCGACGCCACUAAGGGUCUCCGGUUAUCCUCCAGUGUAAUCCUACAGGCCGUGGCCCUCCACAGUUUCCAACGGGCUUUCAAGGACCGGGAACUGCCGCUAUUGACCGUCGAGGAAGACGGACGAGGUCUGACAUCAAGUCACAAGGACUUCUCUCAGACCGUCGGCCAGUUCACUACGUAUUCGACCCUGUACGUGCAGUCGAAUGGGCAGCCAAGCUUUGGUGAGAUUCUUCGCCAAACAAAAGAGAGCUACCAGCAGGCUCGCAACGGGAAAACGAUGCAUCUAACCCCCAGCCCUGGUCGGCAACCCUUGCAAGGGAAUUCGAUGCGUACGCCUCAACCCAACAUACUCUUCAGAUUUCUUAUGCCUUCCCACGAACAACAGUGGAGCGGUGCGAUCUUCGAGCAGAUUGUCGUGCCGAAUAAAGCUUGCCUGCCCAAUGAACAGCUCGCUGAGGGAGUAAUUAUAACAGUAUCGGAGACGGACAACGCUCCAAGAAUGGUCUUCAGUGGGACUCCAGGCACAAUCUCCAGGACAGACCUAGAUGGCUGGGUUCAGGAGUGUAGGCACACUAUUAACGAGGCCGUGAAAGUAUUGGAAGAAAAGAUCCCCAUCUUCACGCCCUACGAUUUCCCCUUAUUGGCCUUGACCAGAGAGGAUCUUCAGGAUUUCCUACAUUGCCGCCUGCCGGCAAUUGACAUUUGUCCUAGUGACGUUGAAGCAGCCUACCCGUGCUCCCCAAUCCAGCAAGGGAUGUUGAUCAGCCAGGCACGGCAGCCGGAGCACUAUCAGGGGCUAUUCCUCUGGGAAGUCAUCUCCGCUGGCGGUCAUGUCACCGUCGACACGGAUCGACUCCUGUCUGCCUGGCGGCAGCUAACGCGCCGUCAUUCCGUCCUGCGGACCAUAUUCAUGGAAGGGGUCGGCGCCUCCCCGUAUAUCCAGGUCAUUUUGAAGGGGCCGACGCUGCGCGGACCGCGGUCCUUCGAUGCGCCGAUGACGGCGACGCUCGCUCUUCUCUGCGAGCCAACUGGCAGAUUGGCGGACACGGCCGAGAGUCGCUACCCCGGUUCACUUCACGUGCUGAUCGACGCAACUUCGAUAGAAAUUCUGAAACGGGACUUGGCACUGGCCUACGAUGAGAGAUUGCCCACCACGAGCGGAGCACCUUAUAGCGACUACGUCGCAUAUGUUGAGCGCUCUCGCAGUGAUGCAGCUUUGGAAUAUUGGCGUGACUAUUUGAAGGAUUGCACUCCGUGCUACUUCCCACAUCUUCGGGAUGGAUCACACCCUGGCGGCCUGGCUGCCGAACAGCAGUCCGUCAUCGUCCCGUUUGAACAUGCAGUCGAACUGGACGCAUUUUGCAGGGGAACGGGGCUUACAAUGUCAAACGUGGUCCAGGUCGCCUGGGGUCUGGUCCUGCGAGCAUUUACAGGUCUAGAUUCCGUCUUGUUCGGCUACGUGAGCUCUGGGCGAGACGCUCCGGUAGCCGGGAUCGAAGCUGCGGUCGGACCAUUCAUCAACAUAUUAGUCUGCCGGAUCGACUUUGAUCGAUCGGCAACGCUACUAGAGAUGGUACACAAGGCUCAGCGGGACUUCACGCGGGGCUUUUCAUCGCCGCAUUUCUCCCUGGCAGAGUUAUUCCAUUCUGGUAACGAUGGGAGCCACAAGAUGUUCAACACCGGCAUAACGUUUCCACCGGAGCUACAAGAGAGCAGACAGCACGAGGGGUAUAUUACCUUCCAAGAACUGGAGAGAGUCUUACCGGAUGAGUACGAUAUCACUGUUGAAUGCAGGUUGAAAAAUGGCAGCUUUACAGCAUCGCUUCUGUAUUCGCCGUCCACCUUAUCCGAAAGUCAGGCGAUCAAGAUGGCGCACAAUCUAAACCAAGCUAUAGCUAUCAUCAUCCAGCAGAGCGGGAUGCAGGCAGUUGCGCCGUUACUCAGCGACAUGGACAGGCGACAACUUGAGCAGUGGAACGGAAUAGUGCCAGCGCGGGUGGAGCGGUGCGUGCACGAGCUGAUCGCGGAGCGGCGCCGGGCCCAGCCGCACGCCCCGGCGGUCUGCGCGUGGGACGGCGAGUUUACGUACGGCGAGCUGGACCGGCUGUCGUCGGCAUUGGCGGCGCACCUGGCCAGACUAGGGGUUGGCCCCGAGGUGUUUGUGCCGCUGUUGUUCGAAAAGUCGCGGUGGACGACGGUGGCGAUGCUGGGUGUGAUGAAGGCGGGCGGGGCGUUUGUGCUGCUGGAUCCAUCGCACCCCCGGGCGCGGCUGGCGACCAUCUGCCAGGCCGUAUCGGCGGGCGUGAUUGUCGCAUCAGUACUGCAGGCAGCGACAGCAGAGCAGUUAGGAAAGCAGGUCCUCUUCAUUGGGCCUGGCAACCUAGAAGAUCUUGCUAAUACUGCUACAUGGGUCGGUCCCCGGGUAGUGCCGGACGUAGCACUAUAUGCGGUAUUUACCUCGGGUUCGACCGGCAAACCGAAAGGUGCUGUUGUCACACACGCUGCGUACUGCACAAGCGCCAUGUCACAUUCCCGAGCGUUCGGUCUCUCUGCUACCUCGCGCGCAUUCCAAUUCUCAUCCUAUGCCUUUGACGCGAGCAUCGUGGAACACCUGACAACCUUGAUGGUUGGAGGGUGCAUAUGCAUCCCGUCAGAUGCAGAUCGUCAAAAUAAUAUAGAGGUCGCGGCUGGGCGGAUGGGCGUAACGUGGGCAAUGGUCACACCGUCCACAUCGAGGAUACUGCAUCCAGCCAAAAUCACGGCUCUCGAGACCCUGGUCCUGAUCGGGGAGCCAAUGACGUCGAGCGAUAUCAGCAGAUGGGUUGGACAGGUGAACUUGAAGAACGGAUAUGGUCCGGCGGAAUGUUCAGCAUGUUCUACUGUGCAGUCAGUAACUCAAAAGGGUUCUGACGCAAGAAACAUAGGAAAGGCAACGGGCGGUGUCUGCUGGGUGGUGGACCCGCAGGACCACGAGCGACUACUCCCAAUAGAAGCGGUUGGGGAGCUGCUGAUUGAGGGUCCGAUCGUCGGCCGCGGCUACCUCAACGAUCCGGAGAACACAGCGACCGCCUUCAUCGACCCGCCGGCCUGGCUGUGCGAGUUUCGCGCCGCCCACCCGGGAAACCGCGGCGGCGACCGGGUGUACAAGACGGGCGACCUGGUACAGUAUGCGGCGGACGGGUCGCUGCGGUUCAUCGGGCGCAAGGACACGCAGGUCAAGCUGCGCGGUCAGCGGGUCGAGCUAGGCGAGGUGGAGAACCACACGCGGGAGUGCUUCCCGGGGGCGCGCGACGUCGUGGCGGAAGUGGUCCUCCCUGCGGAAGAAGGGCGGGCACCGAUACUGGUGGCGUUUGUGUGGGUCAACGAUGACGAGGACAGGAUGGAGGACAUACUGGGCCGAGGCGGCAUUGCAGGAUGCGGUGCCGGCGUACAUGGUACCGGCGGUGUUCCUUCCCGUAGCGGGAAUCCCGCUGACGGCCACGGGGAAGACCGACCGGCGGCGGCUCCGCGAACGUGCGGCGGCGCUGUCGCGGGCGGAGAUCGAAUCGUACAGCGUCGCGGCGGGGGCCAAGCGCGCCCCGCGACGGCGGCCGAGCGGACGCUGCAGCGGCUGUGGGCGCGUGUCCUCAAUCUCCAGCCCGACGCCAUCGGGGUCGAUGACAGCUUCUUCCGCCUCGGCGGUGACUCCAUCACCGCCAUGCAGCUCUCGUCCCUCGCCAGAACGGAAGGCUUUACCUUGAGCGUGUCUGAUAUCUUCCAUUAUAUGACCAUUGCUGCUCUUACCCCUUUCGUCGGGAUGGAUCGUCAGAGAGCGCUCGACGUCCAGGAAUCAAUCGAUGUUCCCUUCGACCUGUCUCCCAUCCAACGCCUGUUCUUCGAAGUCAUGCCCAAUGAAGCCCACUACUUCAACCAGAGCUUCCUGAUCCCACUGGCCGCGUCGAUUGCCACCCAAGACCUUGCACGCGCCAUCGGUGCCAUUGUCGAUCGCCAUUCCAUGCUACGCGCUCGCUUCCGCCAACGCAACGAUGGCGGUUGGAGCCAGGUAGUCUGCUCCGAUGUCGAGUCCAGCUAUCGCUACCGCUAUUCCAUGGUCCCCUCGCUCAGAGAGGCGCGAGACAUAAUGCACACCAGCCAGCAGAGCCUAGACUUCCGAAACGGCCCGCUGCUGAGUGUUGAUCUUAUCGACCUCAGUACUGACCAAGAGCAGUACGUCUUCCUGACGGCACACCAUCUUGUCGUCGACCUUGUAUCAUGGCGAAUCAUACUGGGGGACCUGGAGGACCUUCUCCGGAGCGGUCACAUUUCGGGCAGCAGACCCUCCCGUUUCAAGCGUGGUGCCAGCUUCAGGCAGACUACGCCCGCGACUCUCUGGACCCUGCGCGGGCCCUCCCCUUCGCGCUACCGCAUGCCGCAGCUGACUAUUGGGGGUCGCUUCACUGUCAGCGAAGAGGUCACGGCAACCCUGUUCGGCAAGGCCAACGACGCCCUCCAGACCCAACCAGUGGAGAUCUUCCAAGCUGUGCUCUGGCAUGCCUUUGUCCGGACCUUCCCGGACCGUCUGCCCCAGCUAUUUACUCCGUGGGACCCCAGCAUCGAUCUGUCUCGGACGGUAGGAUGGUUUACCACCAUGUGGCCGUUGUGCAUCGCGAUGGACGGCGAUAAUGACAGCAUUGUCGAUGUCGUCCGGCGGUCCAAGGACGCGCGGCGACGGACCCCGAGCAACGGCUGGGCCUACUUUGCAUCCCGCUUCCUGAACCCCGACGGCCAACAUACAUUUAACAUGCAUGGUCCGGUAGAGAUUGCCUUCAACUACCUGGGCCUGUAUCAGCAGUUUGAGCGGGAGGGGGCUCUGCUCCGUCCCCGUAUCACCUUGGAAGAUCAUAUUCCCGAUACAGCAGGGGAUGUGCCACGGUUUUCUUUAAUUGAUGUGACUGCUGCGGUCAAUCGGGGCUGCCUUCAGUUUUCAUUUCACCAUAAUAGACAUAUGAAGUAUCAAGACGGCAUCCGCCGGUGGAUCAUGAAUUGUGAAAAGUCACUCAAAGAAGCGACUGAUACGUUGGUAAACAUAGGCCGAAAGUAUACGUUGUGCGAUUUCCCACUACUUUCCCUGCCAUACAAGAUGCUUGAUCCGCUCGUGGACCAUAUACAGUCUCGGUCAGUGGGGAUGGAUGACUCUUGUCCCCACAUACCCAAACAGCACUUUGUGUCGAUGAGUCACACAACAGAUGCACGUCUUGAUUCCUACGCUUCGUCGCCUUCACUUAUUGAAUCUGGCAACAUUGCUGAUAUUCUUCCGGCAACUAAUUGUCAAAUAUGGUUCCUUACUCAGUGGAAUUUCUCUUAUUUCUCUUUCUCAAUUUAUGGGCAGAUAGACUCGGCUCGUCUCCGCUAUGCAGCACAAAGCCUGGUUGAGAAGUAUGCGGCAUUGCGCACCAUGUUUUGCGAAUACCAUGGUAGCAUCUUACAGGUUAUCCUCAAGAGAGGCUAUGCAGAUUUCGAUCACGUCCGUACAGACAAGCGUCUGGAUUCAAUCCUCAACGAUUUGUCUGAUCAGGAUAUGGGGCAAUCCCCGUUUUCUACCAUACCUCUACUCAAAGUCACCCUUGUCUCAAGAUCUUGUGAAGAACACACGCUUGUUAUUCGUAUGCACCAUGCUCAAUUUGACCGAUACUCCCUACAGCCCGUUUUCCAAGACUUGGCUGUUGCCUACAACGGUGGCAACUUGUCAUUAUCAACUGCCACUUCGUUUUCAGAAUAUGUCUAUUACUGCCAUCAAGCCGAUCCUGAAGCGGCGAAUCAGUUCUGGAGAGAACAUUUACAAGGCUCUGAAGCGACAAAACUUCCCUUUUUACUCAACGGAAUAUGUGACGAUCUUAUACCCAUUUGCGAAAGCGCAUCAAUCGACCUUCCACACCCACCAUUGGAUAUGACAUUUCCCGUUCUGGUAAAUGCGGCUGUUUCUCUCGUCCUGGGAAAGCUAGUGAACAGUACCGACGUUGUAUUUGGAGUGAUUGUGAAUACACGAAGUAUCCCACUUCAGGGCAUUGAGACUAUCCUUGGCCCUUGCCUCAAUACCCUCCCAUUUCGAGUCCGUCUGAGACAGUACCAUCUUGUGAAGGACCUCUGCAUCCACACACAGAAGCAGUAUGCAAACAUGUUACAAUAUUGCUAUUCAGAACUACCAGAUAUUGCAACGCUAAGUACGCGCGGGCCGAUCAACACAAGGCUCAAUUACAUUGUUAAUAAUACACACGCGUAUGGGGGUACUGGGCUUGUACCGCUGAAAGACGUAACGUGGUCAGAGUCGUCGGUAUCUGAAAAAGUCGACUUACCAAACCAAGUGCUUAUUCGUUCUGCUACUCUUGGAGGAAGGUUGACAAUCGAGGUCCUUACUUCUGCAGACAGCCAUUCGAGGGAAGACUUGUCUGAGUUUGCUUCGGCACUUGCAAAGAAUGUGCUCUCUACUGUUCAACAGUUUUGCGAAGAUCCGGAGUCGGACCUUUCGUCUAUAGUGUCGCAGCUAUGAGUGCUGUACUUUCCCUCGCAAACUUGCUCAAGUACUGUAUUCAUCCUAGCUAUUGAAAACCACAUCUUCUUCG